GGCGGGAGCUCGCAAACAGUGGGAUGGUGCGCGCUCCCGCGGCCAAGUCAAUGUGCACUGGAUUAAAGAGUCGACACGCAGGGAAGAUGGCGAUGAGAGCAGCGCUGCGGUGCUUCUCCGUUAACUUUUCGCCCAGGCUGCCUCAGCCCUCGUCAGCAGCGAGGCGGCAGCUGUGGAGGAGCAGCUUUCCGCGGACGAUGAGCACAACCUCGCCUCUGUCAGCCCUGAAGUUCACAGAUAAGCACGAGUGGGUACGAGUAGAGGGAGGAAUUGGCACAGUUGGUAUCAGCAGUUUUGCUCAGGAAGCGUUAGGUGAUGUGGUAUACUGUGGACUCCCUGAAGUUGGCCAAAGACUUGAACAAAUGGAGGAGUUUGGUGCUUUGGAAAGUGUAAAGGCUGCCAGUGAGCUGUAUUCACCACUCACAGGAGAAGUGACUGAAAUCAACACAGAACUGACAGAGAAUCCUGGACUUGUGAAUAAAGCCUGCUAUGCAGAGGGGUGGAUAAUCAAGAUGACAAUUGAAAAGCCUGAAGAACUCGAUAGUCUCAUGGAUCAAGCAGCGUACGAUAAAUUUAUUAGGUCACUUGAAGAAUAAAUCAUUAAGCUAACUGCUGUUUUGUAAUGCAACUUCAAUCAAAGAUAAGUAUACAGGAUUAGUAAAGUCAUAUGCAACACUCUUCUUCAUUUGUGGUAUUUAUUUCAAUACUGGAACUGUGCUAAGUCAUUUUAAAUACCCAAUAACAGCCUCCACACAAAGUUAGGAGUUGUUUUUGCCACUAGCAAACCUAAAGGGCUCUUAUAAUAUGACAGUCUGUCAGUAUUGUUGGAUCUUUUUUCUGGUGCUUUGCUAAAUGUGCACACAGGUGGUAAAGAUAGUAAAAUGAUUUUAAGUGCUGUGUCACAUUUAUUAAUAAAAUGUGGUCAUGACGUGUGAAAA